UCAGAGCAGGAAGUGUUUGAGGAAGUCUACAGCUGGCAGACAGGCUGUCUAAUCCAGGUCCCCGAACCCCGAUGUGGACAGGGGGGCUCCCACUGACCUAGGUCCCUCCAGGUGGUCUCCACCUCCCUCCAGGGAUCCCUGUUCCCUGCCCUGGCAAGUGCCGCCUACCCGUCCCUCAACCACCCGGCAGCAAUAACGUCUUCAGAAUGAGCUGGCCACCUUCUCUUCAGAUGCAGACUUGUGGGCCCUGGGAAAUGAAAGAACGGCUUGGAACUGGGGGAUUUGGAAACGUCAUCCGAUGGCACAAUGAGGAAACGGGAGAGCAGAUCGCCAUCAAACAGUGUCGACAGGAGCUAAGUCUUCGGAAUCGAGAGAGGUGGUGCCUAGAAAUACAGAUCAUGAGAAGACUCAACCAUCCCAAUGUAGUGGCUGCCCGGGAUGUCCCUGAAGGGAUGCAGAAGCUGGCGCCCAAUGACCUUCCCCUGCUGGCUAUGGAAUAUUGCCAGGGUGGAGACCUCCGAAAGUACCUGAACCAGUUUGAGAACUGCUGUGGCCUUCGGGAAGAAGCCGUCCUCACUCUGCUUUCUGACAUUGCCUCAGCACUUAGAUACCUUCAUGAAAACCGAAUCAUCCAUCGGGACCUGAAGCCUGAAAACAUCGUUCUGCAACAAGGAGAAAAAAGGUUAAUACACAAGAUCAUUGACCUAGGGUAUGCUAAAGAGCUGGAUCAAGGCAGUCUUUGCACUUCUUUUGUGGGGACGCUGCAGUAUCUGGCUCCGGAGCUAUUAGAACAACAGAAGUACACAGUCACAGUGGACUACUGGAGCUUUGGGACCCUGGCCUUUGAGUGCAUCACGGGGUUUAGGCCAUUCCUUCCCAACUGGCAGCCAGUGCAGUGGCAUUCAAAAGUCCGACAGAAGAGUGAACUAGAUAUCGUUGUUAGUGAAGACUUGGCUGGAGGAGUGAAGUUCUCAAGCAGUUUACCCUACCCUAAUAACCUUAACAGUAUUCUGGUACAGCGACUAGAAAAGUGGCUGCAGUUAAUGUUAAUGUGGCAGCCCCGACAGAGGGGCACAGACCCCACUUAUGGCCCGAAUGGCUGCUUCAAAGCGCUGGAUGACAUCUUGAACCUAAAGCUGGUUCACAUCUUGAAUAUGGUAACUGGCACCGUGCACACCUAUCCCAUCAUGGAGAAGGAAAGUUUGCAGAGCUUGAAGGUUAGGAUACAGGCUGACACGGGCAUCCCAGAGGAGGACCAGGAACUGUUGCAGGAGGCUGGCCUGGCUUUGUUCUCUGACAAACCAGCCACGCAGUGUAUUGUGGAUGGCAAGCUAAAUGAUGACCGAAUAUUGGACAUGGAUCUCAUUUUUCUCUUUGACAACAGAAAAAUCACCUAUGAGACUCAGAUCUCUCCGAGGCCCCCACCAGAAAGUGUCAGCUGUAUCCUUCAAGAGCCCAAGAGGAAUCUCCCUUUUUUCCAGCUGAGGAAAGUGUGGGGUCAGGUGUGGCACACAAUCCGGACCCUGAAGGAAGACUGUAGCCAGCUGCAGCAAGGCCAGAGAGCAGCUAUGAUGAACCUCCUUCGAAAUAAUAGCAGCCUCUCCAAGAUGAAGAACUUAAUGGCAUCCAUGUCUCAGCAGCUGAAGGCUAAGCUGGAUUUCUUUAAAACCAGCAUCCAGAUUGACCUGGAGAAAUACAGCGAACAGACUGAGUUCGGGAUCACGUCAGAUAAACUGCUGCUGGCCUGGCGAGAGAUGGAGCAGGCUGUGGAGCUCUGCGGACGGGAGACAGAUGUGAAACAUCUGGUGGAACAGAUGAUGGCACUGCAGACAGAUAUUGUGGACCUACAGAGGAGCCCAAUGAGUCGGAAACAAGGGGGAACUUUGGACGAUCUAGAAGAACAAGCAAGAGAGCUUUAUCGGCGAUUACGGGAAAAACCAAGAGACCAGCGAACUGAUGGUGACAGUCAGGAAAUGGUACGGCUACUCCUUCAGGCCAUCCAGAGUUUCGAGAAGAAAGUACGAGCCAUUUAUAUGCAGCUCAGUAAAACUAUGGUUUGCAAGCAGAAGGCCCUGGAAUUGUUACCUCAAGUGGAAGAAGUAGUAAACUUAAUGAAUGAGGAUGAGAAGACAGUCGUGCAGCUUCAGGAGAAGAGACAAAAGGAACUGUGGAAUCUGCUGAAGAUAGCUUGUAGCAAGGUACGAGGUCCGGUGAGUGGGAGUCCAGAUAGCAUGAAUGCAUCUCGUCUUAGUAAUCCUUCCCAAUUGUUAUCUCAACCUCCCGCAGCUCCCUACAGCUUACCUGAGUCAAUCAAGAAAAGUGAAGAAUUGGUAAUGGAAACACAGACCCUCUGCACUCAGUUACAAAGUGUAAUGGAGGACACCAUGAAAAAACAGGAUCAGAGUUUUAUGGUUCUCUCUGGGCGCUGGUUUGGUUUUUUUUCCCCCCACAGUUCCAUAAGUAUCACAGUAUCUUAGAGAACUCAAAGCCCCCAUCCCACCCCCACCUUGUUUUCUUUUCUUUUAAAAUAAUAAAUAUCUUAACUUAAAAACUUAACACUGAACAUCAGUACAACCACCUAAAUUUGCUUAGUAAUUACUUGCAUUUAAAUUAAUUUCAGUACAUAGCAUAUAACAAUUUUUCAGUUACUCCCUCUGGGCCCCCAUCCAAAUUGAAGCCCCUUUUGCUAGGGGUUAAUGUGCAUGAGGACACUUUGCUGAGGCAGAGAGCAUAUACUGUGGCAGUAAAAGCCAUCUCUGCUCUGUUUUACAAUUUCAUAUAUCAAUCAAUCAUUAAACAUUUAUUAACCACCUGCUAAGUGCCAAGCACAGUGGUAAGCGCUGGGGAUACAAAAAGACGCCAAGAACAUCCCUUGCCCACGAGGAGAGUACAAUUUAACAAAUCUUAACUAGUAACUCUGUCGCUUACACCUCACAUGAGUUGUAACAAGUCAUUUGACCUCUCCUGGCCUCAGUUUCUUCAUCUCUAAAAUGAUAGGAUCGUUCUAGGCAGCCUCUGAGUCCCUCUGAACUCUAACGCCAUUAUCUUUGUGGUCAGGGCUGCCCCUUUGCUUGUUGCAUCAUGUUUCAUCAAGCAUCUUUCUUCUUUCCAUAAUAAGUGCAGAUUGUUUAGUCUCAGAGCAGUGGACCAUCCCAGCUGUCUCCCUUUUUAUUUUUAUUUUUAAAAAAUUUCAUUACAAAGACUAUAUUAGAAAAUAUAGGGAGAAGUUAGUAGUGUCUAAAUAUUUGAGACCUUGAUAACGAAAGAAAUGUCUGUCAAAUAAUGACACUUUAGGGGGGGAAAAGCAUACCACAAGUGUAAGUAUCUCCAGCUGUCCCACAUGGCUCCCCUGUCCCCAGACACAUUCUGAAUUCUGAGGAUGCAGUGGUUGGCACUGAAAGUUUCCUUCAUACAGAUCACCCUUUUAGGGUUAGGGAUUGUUGCUGAGUAGGGAUUCUAGACCAGGCAACACACGUGAAGACUUGGCUUGAGCUCAGCUUGCCUGGGAUUACCCAUGAGUGUUUCUCCAUUCUGCUGUCUCCCUUUUUAGUUUAAACAUAUGUGUCUACAGACCAGCUAGCUAUCUGUUCUUCAUUCUUGUGGCUACAAAGUGUUUGCACAGAUACGCAUGACUACCUAGAUUUGAAAGACUCGCAUGCUUUUCCAGAGGCAGUGCGUGAAGAUUUAGCCCAUUCUAAAUGCAGUGUUUCCACGUUUGGAUUAACUUUGACCUUUGAAAAACUUUUCAGUAGAUGUCACAUACACUAAUCGUUCAGAGAAUCAUUGGAGUUUAAGGGAAGGAAACUUUUGGAUUUUUUUAUUUUACAUUGCCAUCAUUUCCAAAAAGUCUCAUCCCCCUACUCACCCAAUCCUCACCCCCUUGAGUCUUCCUUUGUAACAAAUUAAAAACAAUUAAGCAAAACUGAUGUAGUGACUAACUAAUGAAAUGAAAUGUUUCAGAUGCCUUUUUACAACCUUUGGGGACUUCCUUUUCAUUUCAUUCAAGAAUUAUCUCAGCAUCUUUAGAAAAUCUUCUCAAAGAAUUUUAGACAGAGUAGCCACCACCACCACCACUAUGUUUUUGGGUUUUUUGUUUGUUUUUU